CUGUAUUUAUUUGCUUAUAAAACUGUUACAAUAAAUGAUUAUUCAACAGCGUCAUUCAUACCUUAAUGACGAGCCCUAGUUUUUGAUGAAUGACAUUUCUGCCUGGGAAGGAUGUAUGGGUCAUUUUGACCAGUCAUUCUAUCGCUUUGGCAUCCCACAAUUUUUACGCAACGCUAAAAAAAGAAGAUAUUUAGAGACACUGCCAGGCUAAAUGUGAAUUGGCCCCUGCUGCAGGCAGAUCAUCAUUACUACAGCACCAACCCUUCUACUUUGACUUUUUUUUCUCUCUCUCUCCUCUUCACAAAGCUGAGAUGAUGGAAAGGAUAAGAAAAGAGAUGAUUCUCAUGGAAAGAGGUCUGCACAGCCCAACCACAGGCAAAAGGCUUUCCAAUUUAUCCGACUCAGCUGGGAAUGCAGUGUUAGAGGCCUUGGAAAAUGCACAUCACGCUGCCCGCUUGAGUCCCAGACUAACUUCUUCCUCCAUGCAUGGAUCUAUAGGGGACCUUCCUAGCAAAGGCAGAUUUGAAAUAGACAAUUUGUUCAGCAUCCCUCAUCCCAACAGUGAUAGUAACAACGCAGCAGACAUCUCCCUGUGUGACAGAGGGAAGAAGAUAAGCCAGUAUUCGGAAGUUGCUUCAGACGCAGAUAUGAGCAGUGAUGUAGAGGUGGGGUGUUCAUCCCUGCGCUCCCCGAACAGCCUGAGUGGCAGCCAGCUGAAGGACAAUAUCAACAAAGACAGUGGCUCAGUGGCCAAUACCACCAGCUCCUCUGCAAAUUCUGGAUUAGGCAGCCUCAAUAGCUGUAAUCCCGUGGGGAGCUCCAGCUCAGCUGCUGACCAGGUGCGUCGAUACAGGACAGCAUUCACUAGAGAGCAGAUAGCCAGGUUGGAGAAGGAGUUCUACCGAGAGAAUUAUGUGUCACGGCCCCGGAGAUGUGAGCUGGCAGCUGCCCUCAACCUUCCAGAGACAACUAUCAAGGUGUGGUUCCAGAACCGCCGGAUGAAGGACAAGAGGCAGCGCUUGGCCAUGUCCUGGCCCCAUCCCGCGGACCCCAGCUUCUACACCUACAUGAUGACGCACGCUGCGGCCACAGGCAGCCUUCCUUACCCCUUCCACUCCCACGUGCCUCUGCACUACUACCCCCAUGUCGGGGUUACCGCAGCUGCGGCGGCCGCGGCUGCAUCCGGGGCGGCGGCCGCCUCACCCUUUGCCACAUCCAUCCGCCCCCUGGACACCUUCCGAGCCCUCUCGCACCCCUACUCCAGACCGGAACUACUUUGCAGCUUCAGGCAUCCGGGAUUAUAUCAGUCCCCAGCCGGGAUCAAUAGCACGGCCGCAGCAGCCGCCGCCGCAGCCGCGGCCGCAGCUGCCGCCUCUGUCCCUGGAUCCGCUCCCUGCUCCUGCCUCAGUUGUCAUAGUAACCAGACGGCGUCGGCCCUGGGCUCAGCCAGCAGGGGCUCGGAUUUCAAUUGUACCGCGGCCUCCCAGAGGUCGGAGAGCAGCUUCCUCCCCUACUCCGCGGCUGUGCUCAGCAAAACGUCGGUCACCCCGGUGCCUGAGCAGAGAGAUGAGAGCCCUUUGACUAGAUAACUGUGGCCCUGACACAGGAACAGCCCACCCCUAGACCUGCACUGACCCUAGCAGAGAGGACUGGUCGUUCGUCAGCCAUUACCAACAAACUAGGGCGAUUUUAUCUUUUUUUUUUUUAAUAAAAAAAACAACCCUAAAAACUAAAAAACCCGGCUCCCUUCCUCCUUCGUAAUACCAUCGGCUACUGUACAAUUAAAGGGACGUUUUCCUGAACAGAAACUGGCACUGAGCACAUCAUUGUAAUACAAUGAGUCACACAUACAUAUGAUAUUUGUUGGAAA